AAUUCGAGCUCACGGAGAAUCGGAGAUUCGUCGGAGAUAGCAAAAAUGGAGAAGAAGCGUGAAGGAGUAAUCGAAGGAAUGAGUCGGAUCGUAUCAGAUCCUUACUAUUUCCUCCAUUUCAUGGCCUUUUUCUCUUACCUUCCGAUUCGUAGCUCCGCCGCACCGUACACUUCUCAUCGACUCUUCGACAGAGAAAUCCAAGCAUUUCUCGCGUUUCUUAUGUUUUCCGCCAUUAAGAUGGUGAGGGAGGAAACAUGGGAAGCUUUCGUUGCGGAUAGUUUACUCUAUGCUAAGAUCUUUCUCAUUGCGGUUUCAUUGAUUAUGGAUUAUCGAGUGGCGAUCUGGUUUAGUGUCAUAUUUUCAGUUAUAUAUCUAUUAGCUCAACAACCAGCAUUUAGUAAACUAGGAACUGCGAAGAAGCUUACACCUAUGCAAUUGGAGGAUUUGUUAUCAGAUGGGAGCACAACAAAAUACUGGUUGAUAGAAUUCUUUGCAUGUAGUUCAUCCAAGUGUGUUCGUUCUAGCCGUUGCUUUCCUGAGCUCUCCAUCACGUACUCGAACAAUCUUUUGUCUUUUGGAACUGUCGAUCUUGGACUUUUCCCUAAUACUGCGGCAAAGUUUGGAAUAUCUCUUGCGGGUGGAAUGUCUCAGCUUCCCACAUACAUAUUGUUUGAAAAGGGUGUCGAAGUUUCUCGGUUCCCAGACUUUUAUGUUGACGCUGCUCCUUCUUUACCCAUAACCAAGAAACUUUUGUGUCAACAUUUUGAGCUUGAUCGGCUUCUGCUCGACUAUAUAAACGGAUCAUAGCUGGAGAAAACGAGUUUAACUGAUAUACGACUAUCUGGCUUCUCCUGCAAGAGCAGUAUGAAGUUAUGAACACAACACAUCGAUCAACGCACCAUCGGACUAUCACAUUCGUAUGUUUAUUCUCUUAUAGUGGGCAUUUUUGGUGAGUCUCGCCAGAGGAAAAGGACAGAUUAUAUUUUAGUGCUAUAGAGAGAUAGAAGAUUCUGUUGAAAUUUUAUGGGGCUUGAAUUUCGACAAAGAAUUCUUUAAUAGGAUGGUAAUGAAAUCUCAAUUUCUGA